AUGUCGUUGAAGUUUGGCUCCGCCACUGUGAUUGCCAUCAAGGAUAGAGAAGCCAUCCGUGAUCUCUGGGAAAAGAAGUCCCAUAUUUAUUCUGAUCGUCCACCGAGCUAUGUGGCUCGCCUGCUCACCCAAAACCAUCAUGCGGCUUUCCAGUCCAUGAACGACGAAUGGAGAGACCGGCGGAAGUUAAUGUCUCAUUAUUUUUCUCCUCAGAAAUGUGACAAGAUCCACGCCGAAUACCAGAAUGCCGAGGCUCUCGCGUUACUUUGCACUCUGCUAGACGAGCCUCAGAAUUAUUACAAACUCUUGAAGAGGUAUUCCGCAGCCGUGACCGGUGCCCUCACCUACGGCAAGCGUCCCAAAGCUUUCGAGGAACCAUUGUGUCAAGAUGUGGGAGCCGCAAUGGGCUACCUGGCGGAAAAUAUGGAGCUCGGGGCCACACCUCCGGUGGACGAGUGGCCUUUCAGCCUGUUGCAAUUGGUGCCUUCAUCGUUUGCAUUCUGGAAACGUCGUGCGAUAGAGCAUGGACGUAGGAUGGACGCACUCUUCGCCAAGCUAUGGAACGAGUACCUGGGUCGACGAGAGCUUGCUCCUGCGUCCAAUUGCCUCUUUGACGAGUUCUGCAGCCAAAAUCCCGGUGCGAAGACCGGAGGAUCACUGGGAACGUGGCGGUGGGGUUUACACUCGUUGCAGUUUUUAGGAGGGGAAAUCCUCGAGGGUGGUGCCGACACAACUUCGUCUACGCUGAUUUCAUUCGUCAUGGCCAUGGCCUGUUGGCCGGAAUAUCAGAGAAAGGCGCAAAAGGAGAUGGACAGUGUUGUGGGAGAAGAUCGGACUCCUCAGUGGUCAGACUACGACAACCUUCCGUACAUUGCCCAGAUUCAGAAGGAGACUCUGAGGUGGCGAUGCGUUACUGUGACAGGAGUCCCUCACGUUGCGCGCGAAGACGAUUACUACAAAGGAUAUUUGAUCCCAAAGGGUGCGCGAACGAUGCAAAGUACCUGGGCACUGCACAUGGAUGAAGAGUACUAUGAAGAACCUGAGAAGUUCAAUCCCGAUCGGGGACAUUUGAUCGCUGACUGGGGCGGGUGCCUCUAUAAAGCUUACGGAGCCGGUCGACGAAUCUGUCCUGGCAUGCACAUCGCCGAACGGAAUUUGUGGCGAUCCAUUUCGAAAAUCAUCUGGGCAUUCGAUAUCUCUCCCGCGAUCGACCCACGGACAGGCAAGCCAGAGCACAUCAACACGGCUGCAUUCACUGUCAAUGGCCAGCAUUCGGCUUUCAUAGGAGGCGCCAACCGGGUCGCAAAGCCGUUCAACGUCGUUAUUGCGCCGCGUUCCCAGGCUCGCGUGGAGACCAUCAAGAGGGAAUAUGCUGAAGCCGAGCCUCUUCUGAGUCAAUUUGACUGA